CCCGGGAAGAUUCCAAAAUCAGCCCGAAACUCCCGCAAUGCACGUUCCUCCGACCCCGGCCGCUCUGUCGUCCUCUCUCGCGGCGGCCAGUGUAAGGUGUAUGCUGUGAUAUGCGGGGUUCUCAUGAAUCGAGCAUUAAUAAUUGCUGGAAAAGAGGCCCCGGGCCGUUGAAAACCCCACUGAAGUCAUUUAGAAACUUCCGUUGUCGUCCGCCGCAUUUGCUUUGCCAGUGGAACUUUUUUUUCCUGUCUGCCCUGUUGUUACUCGAGAUAUCUUGGAGUUUACGUACGGCGUAUCUUCGAGAUUAUUUCUUCCUCGUAUCGGCCAUGACCAAGUUAAUACUCUCUACUGGGAAUAUCGUCGCGGGCGGGCCCUCCAUCAUCCGCAAGCCCGGCGCGUUCCGAUCCAAUCUCGAGCUCACAAAUUCCCUGCGAAGCAACUUCCUCGCUGCGCAAGAAGACUGCGCGGCCGAGUCGCAUGUGGACGGCGUCGCGAACGGCAACGGGAGCGCUAACGGCGCGGGCGACUUAGACUCCGGGAUCAGAGGACGCGCACCGGCGGCGCUCUGGACGGGCCGCGACGAGACCGGCGCCCUAUAUGUGCCGCGCAUCGACUGGCACCAUCAUCACGGGCUACAGGAGGAGCGAGCACAGUAUGACAUCACCGCCAAACUCUUCUUCCUACCGGACGCGCCCGUGUCGGAGAGGAGGCAAUAUGCGAGGGAGGCGCUAGAUCACGUCCGGAGGGAGCUGCGCGUUCCGGAGGUCGACCUGCUGAUCGUGUCCUUCCCGGGCAUGUCGUUCGAAGGAGACUGCGAGUGGGAGGCAGACAGGAAGAACGCCGCGCAGGGCAACAGCGAGGAGGAGCUGGCGACGUGGCCCGCCAUAGAGGAGCUGCACCGCCAGGGUUUCGCGAAGAGGCUCGGCCUCGCGGAGUUCGGGAGCGAGAAGCUUGCUCGCUUCCUCGCCAGAGCACGGGUCCGGCCCGUCGUGAACCAGAUCAACCUCAAGAACUGCUGCAACGUCCCGCCGCCGCUCGCCCAGUUGGCCAAGGAGCAGGGCAUCGACCUGCUCGUCCACAGCGACUGCACAGACAUUCUCCCCAAGGGCACAUUGAGGGAACUCCUCGGCCAGGGGCUCGGCGGGGCCGGCAUACUGGCCGAUCCGGAAACGGGCGCCGGCGGGCUGCAGGGCGAUCUCACGCCGCUGUGGGUCGUGAAGUACACGGUCGUGGUGCGCGACCGGGGCGUCAUCGAGAACAAGGGAUAUUUCGCGGGUGCGGAGCUGACGGACACCAAAUAGGUUUUGGGUCCGCCACGACUUGGGAGGCACACACUGUUCAAGGAGUUGUGGGAAGCGCAGGCCGUCUGACACUGCUGGUUUUUUGGGAUCGGAGUACGGGGGCAUUUCUUGCAU